GAGUGAAAACGAGAAUAACGGCCUGACGCAGUUAGUUGGUGGCGGUAUGAAUUAGGAUAAACCGUAGUUUAGAGUAAUGGUUAACUGUAACGGACUUUGGAUGCUGCCGUCUACACCGGUGUAUAAGGUCUGUGUUUUGAAUGUGGCUUCCAGGUAACCGCUAGUGUUGAAGAGGAGCCGCUCCGAGCUGUUAGCUAAAUCACUGUUAUUUUAUCUCGUUAAGAGGAAUGCAACGGCCACCGAGCGCCACUUCUCCUUAAGCCCACUCGAUGAACAUGAACUCCAUUUUUACGGCGAAACAGUGUUGUGGAUUUUAAGCUAGCAGUUAUUUUACAUCAUGGCGACCGACUUUGUAAAGACUUUUGUACAGAUGUGUAAUUACCUCCAGGACCCGCGCCAUGUAGCGAGGUUUCAAAAUAUUUGCGGCGUUAAAGGGACAUUUCCGGUUAAACCGACGGAUAGCGGAGAGUCGGAGCCGGACUGUCCCGGAGUGAGAAAGAGGGUGCAACAGGGGGGACAGAGCUCGGACGUUAGUGUUGUGAAUGGAGCAGCCGGGGAUGCGACCGCAGCGCAGGUUAACGGGAUGCAGGGUGACAGUACCGCCAGGCCUGAUGGUCCAUCAGCUGCAGCUAAUGUUGACCCAGACACAGUCAGAGCUAAACCCCUCCGGAGAAACUCCCUGACCGGGGAUGUGGGUCAGGAGUUCCUGAUCCACAACAAGUUUCUGUUCUACCUGUUCACGUUUGGGACUGAGCUUGGCAACGAGAUGUUCUUCAUCGUCUUCUUCCCCUUCCUCUUCUGGAACAUCGACGCGCUGGUCAGCCGGAGACUCAUCGUGGUCUGGGCCUGGAACCUGUUCGUGGGACAGUCCACCAAGGAUAUGAUCCGCUGGUCCCGGCCUGCCUCCCCCCCUGUGGUGAAGGUGGAGGUCUUCUACAACUCCGAGUACAGCAUGCCGUCCACACACGCCAUGACAGGGACAGCCAUACCCUUCUGUCUCUUCAUGCUGACAUAUGGACGGUGGCAGUACCCCUUCCUCUUUGGCUUUGGUGUGGCUCUCAGCUGGAGUAUCCUGGUCUGUGUAAGCAGAGUCUACAUGGGAAUGCAUUCUAUUCUGGAGGUAAUCACUGGCUUCCUGUACAGCCUUCUUAUUUUAGCGUUUUUCCAGCCAAUUUUGGACAAGAUCGACACCUUCUACAUGACAGACCACUUUGCUCCACUCGUGAUUAUCGUGUCACACGUGAGCCUGGGACUUGUGGCUUUCUCCCUGGAUUCCUGGAGCACCUCCCGGGGCGAUACAGCUCAAGCUCUGGGCACCGGGGUGGGAGCUGCUAUCGCUACCCAUGUGAACUAUCAGUUAGGGCUGCUGUUGGAUCCACCACUGUCCUCACUUCCUCUAACUUUACCACCAAUCAGCGUCGGCAUGGUGUUUCGCUCCCUGUUGCGCUUUGUCAUCGGAGUCGCCGUCAUCCUGGUCACGAGAAUGGUCAUGAAAGCGGUGACCAUUCCGUUCUUAUGUCGACUGUUUGGGCUGCCUUCAGAUGACGUAAGGCAGGCAAGGCAGCACAUGAAAGUGGAGCUGCCUUACCGUUACAUUGUCUACAGUGUUGUUGGUUUUAGUUGUGUCUGUGUGGUGCCUGUCCUCUUUAGGAUUGUAAACCUUGCCUGAGUGUUGUGUGCAAACUGUCAUAUACUGCUGACACGUUCACCUACAUGGUGAAGGCAAAGAGCACUUGGAAACAUGCUGCUUGUCUUGACACAAGAUAAAGUAUCUGUUUGUGCACUACAGAAACUCAUUUAAAGGAUACAUGUGGUGAUAUUCUGUAAUUUUUUUUGUAUUGUCAUUACACCUUUGUGCCAAAGAGCCCCAGUGUUGUCCAGAAAUAUUUAAAACACGAGUGUAUCAAUCAAAAACAUUUAAAAAAAAAAAAAA